UUUUUCACACUACUCUAACAAACGACUGAAAACCUCAGGUGGGAUGUCUAGUGCCUUCAUAACAUAAGAUCAUGUUUGGAAGACGGAUCCCCUUUAAUCAGAUUGCGUUUGCUACUCUGGUUGGAGUGGUGGGAGGUGUGUAUAUCUACAGGCCUAUGUUUGAGGCACCCAGAAAACCUCCAUCUGCACCAGAUCAAGACCUCAAGUCUGACCCAGAAGAGCAGAGAGCGGAAACUACCCAACAAGCACAGCAAGAUGCAUCUGCAGCCCAAGACGGAGUCUGAAUGUGCCACGGUGUUACAUGCUUGUUAUUCCCAUGUACUAUGUGAAUGGUGUUACUUAGAGAUACUUAAUAAGUAGCACUGCAAAUAAACUACAAGAUUCUACACCA